AGAAGACGUAAGCGGAAGUGGUCCGAAACAGAGCGCACAUCUUCAAAACACACGAUCGCCGCGGUAGUUCUACGAUGCCUCUGUCCACACAGUCUCAAGGCGAGGAUGAACAGUACGUUUUAGUGGCCACUUUGGACAACGCCCGCAAUCUUUCCAACUUACUAAAGGCUAUCAGCUUUAAGGACCACGCCAUCUUCACUGUGACGCCCAACGGGCUGAAGGUCACCGUGGAGGACUGCAAAUGUGUGCAAGCCAAUGCCUUCAUCCAGGCAGAUAUUUUCCAAGAAUUCACCAUAAAAGAGGAUUUGAUCGCUUUUCAAGUAAACCUCACCGUUCUGCUCGACUGCUUGAAUAUCUUCGGAGGGAGCAUAGUAGCGGGAAUAUCAACAGCCUUGCGGAUGUGCUACAGGGGGUAUGGUUACCCUCUGACAUUAUUCCUGGAGGAGGGCGGUGUAGUGACUGUUUGCAAGAUUAACACCGAAGAACCAGAAGAACCGAUUGAUUUUGAUUUUUGCAGCAGCAAUGUCACAAACAAGGUGAUCCUGCAGUCAGAGAGUCUGAAAGAAGCCUUCUCUGACCUGGACAUGACCAGUGAGGUGCUACAGAUCACCAUGUCGCCCAACCAGCCAUAUUUCAGGUUGUCUACAUUUGGGAACUCUGGAAGUGCCCAUUAUGAUUACAACAAAGAUUCAGAUAUGAUGGAGCUGUUCCGGUGCGCCGAGACGCAAACCAACAGAUAUAAGAUGUCCUUACUGAAGCCGUCCACCAAAGCCUUGGCUCUGUCCUGUAAAGUCUCCGUGAGGACAGACAACAGGGGUGUCCUCUCGUUGCAGUACCUGGUCCGAAACGACGACGGGCAUAUCUGCUUCGUGGAGUUUUUCUGCUGUCCCGAUGAAGAGGUGGAUGAAGAUUUAUAGGGGCUUGUUCAGUUGCUAACGUGAUCUUGUCCCUCUUUUGUAACGCAGGCUUCUUUUUCUACAAGUUUUUACUUUUCUAACCCUGGGAAAACAUCAACAUCCACUCCUGAAAUGAACUUUUUUCCCUUCUCAUUAAGUCAACAGCGGUCUUUCUGCCUCGCCUCAUUUACUGCAUCAAUGCAGUGCUCCCAUUUGCCUUUGGAUUACCAAGACAAACUAGAAACUUUUAUUGUAUGUAAAAAGUUAAGAGCACUUUUAAAGAUUAAAGUGAUCAGUUUUGUAAUAAAAUAUAACAGAACAUUUGAAAUGAUU